AUAGAUUUUUCAUUCUUUUUUUUUAUAUAUAAAUUUCUCUUAAAGGUGAAGACAGCUUUUCUCUAAUAAUUUGGCUUUACCUUUGCUUUGUUUCUCUGUCUUUUGCUUUGCUUCUGAGUUUUCUUUCAUUUCAUUCAUACAACUUUCUCUUCUUUUCUUGUUUCUUUACUUUUCUUCUCCAUUGUAAUUUACUAUUCAACUCAACUCACAAAUUCAGCAGAGUUAUAUUACUUACAAUCUUUCUUGUUUUUCGAUCGGAUCUGUAAAAAGAACUCAGAAAACAAUACAGAAAAAGCAGUUCUUGAAAGGGUCUCUGUUUCAAUCAGUAAUGAAAGAUUAGUCUCAGUUCUUUAAUCAGCGUUUACUGUUUAGGUCAAAGAACAUAAUGGAGUCACUUGUUGAAGGAAUCAGUUCCUUGCCAAGCAGUCACACUUCCUUCACUCCUAUUAAGGGUAACACAUCUUCGGGUUCCCGGACAAGUCGUCCUCCCCAUCCUACAUCAAUGAGACAAUCUAGAUGUAAAGAGUUGUCCUUCGAUCCAGUAGCUAUUGGCCUUGGUCCAAAGCCAACUGAUACCCCAACUGGUUCGGUGACUGCUUCUAAGUGUUCAUAUAAAACAUCCAGUCAUCGUAUGAAAAGGGAUGAUGUCUCUGGCUCGAAUAGACACUAUUCUGAAUCGACUAAAGGAAAAGAGUUUCAGGGAUUAGAAAUCACUCUUGAUCAACCAUCAAAAGAAUCAUUAUUGGAUCGGGUUUUAGCCUUUGAAACCAAAUCAUCUAUCAAGGAUCCACUUCAUGAUAACAAGAACAGCAGGGAUUUUAUGUCACAUGCUGUUGCCAGAGCAGAUGCUGACCUUUUAAAUUGUCCUAGUCCUCAAAACAGCUUUUAUACUGCCACGCAGUAUACAGAAGCCAAACAAAGUUUCACAACUACAGAAGUCAUCAGUGAAUGUGCUAGCAGUAUGGAUAACAAGUCUGGUGAAAGUGGUGAUGUUAGCAACUGCGAUAUCACUGAGAGCAGAAAAACGAGCUUCUACAGAGGCAGCACAGGUAGUGAUAUUAGUGACGAAAGCAGCUCUACUAGUUUCAGCAGUGCAAUAUAUAAACCACAUCAGGCAAAUGAUACAAAGUGGGAUGCAAUACAAGCUGUUAGAUCUCUUGAUGGAACACUGGGCUUCAACCACUUCAGACUUCUGAAGAGAUUGGGAGGCGGCGACAUAGGAAAUGUUUUUCUAGCUGAGUUGAUUGGGACGAGAGAUUUUUUCGCCAUGAAAGUGAUGGACAAUGCAGCUCUAGAGAGUCGAAAGAAAACUGUGAGAGCUCAGACAGAAAGAGAGAUAUUGCAGUCUCUGGAUCAUCCUUUUCUACCAACACUGUAUUCACACUUUGAAACAGACAAAUUUUCUUGCUUGGUGAUGGAAUUCUGCCCUGGAGGAGAUUUGCAUGCACUUCGGCAAAGACAGCCAGGAAAGUUUUUUCCUGAGCAUGCUGCCAGGUUCUAUGUAGCAGAAAUUCUCCUUGCUCUAGAAUACCUGCACAUGCUUGGAAUCAUUUAUAGAGACCUUAAACCAGAGAAUGUUUUGGUUCGAGAAGAUGGUCAUAUAAUGCUGUCCGACUUUGACCUCUCCUUGAGGUGUGCUGUGAGUCCAACAAUGGUUAAAUCCUCAAAUUCAACCUUAGAGUCGAAGACUUCAUCAUACUGUGUCCAGCCUGCUUGUAUUGAGCCAUCCUGUAUCAUCCAGCCUGCAUGUUUUUCACCGCGUUUCCUAAAGCCCAAGAAAGGAAAGAAGGCGAAACAGAAGUCUGAGAUGCACAAUCAAGUGAGCCCCCUUCCAGAGCUCAUGGCUGAACCGACAAAUGCUCGAUCCAUGUCUUUUGUGGGGACACAUGAGUACCUUGCUCCAGAAAUCAUUAAAGGCGAGGGACAUGGUAGUGCAGUUGACUGGUGGACUUUCGGGAUCUUUCUCUAUGAGCUCUUGUUUGGGCAAACACCUUUUAAAGGAGCAGGCAACAGAGCCACCUUGUUUAAUGUUGUGGGCCAGCCCCUGAGAUUUCCUUCAUCGCCUAGUGUUAGUUUUGCUGCAAGGGACUUGAUAAGAGGUUUACUUGUGAAAGAGCCACAGCAUCGCCUUGCAUAUAGGCGGGGGGCUACAGAAAUAAAACAGCACCCUUUCUUUCAGAGCGUGAAUUGGGCACUUAUCCGAUGUGCUAGUCCUCCAGAUGUACCAAAGCCAUUUGUGCUACAUGAUGGCCCUAGAGCACCACCAGCAACAGCGGGUCCAGGUGUUGAUGUGAAACCAAAUGAUAAUUAUUUUGAGAUUGAUUUUUUCUGAGUAAACUCGUUUCUUGUCUGUUUAAGUCCAUAUCACUUUAUAUGAAGAUCCCAUAGGAAGAACAUCAAUUCAUUGUCCCUUUUAUGUGAAAAUGUAAAGUGCAUACAGCAUGCUGUCCUGAAAUGCAAAUGCAUAGGAAUUGGAUUACUGAAGGCCACAUUUUCUCAUAUCUUCUUCAUUUGUCAAUGUUUAAGCUGAUCCAACUCGACGAAAUGACUUCUAGUUGUUGCCUACU